GCAGUUGUGCAGAGAAUACAGACACACACUGACAGUUAAUUACUUUCACUAUCAGCAUAAACUACGAAGUCUGCUCUGGAAACGAGCUGCAGAAAAGAGCUCCUGAUACUCGUCUUUCAGAGAGAAAAUGACCACACAGUCAGAAGACCAUCUCUCCUGUCCCAUCUGCCAUGACAUCUUUGAAGAUCCUGUUAUCUUGUCAUGCAGCCACAGCUUUUGUAAAGCCUGUCUGCAGAUAUGGUGGCUUGACAAACCAAUAAAGCAAUGUCCGGUUUGUAAGACGAUAUCUUUACAGAGUAAUCCACCCCGUAACCUGGCUUUGAAGAACCUAUGUGAGGCGUAUUUACAGAACACAGAUCAGAGAGCUUCAAGAGGUUCCCAGACACUUUGCACUGUGCAUUCUGAGAAUCUCAGGCUCUUCUGUCUGGACCAUCAGGAGCCAGCGUGUGUUGUCUGUCGAGAUUCAGCAGUGCACAUCAACCACAGAUUCAGCCCCAUCAAUGAAGCUGCGCACACUCACAAACAGGAGCUCCAGGAAUGUCUGAAGCCUUUAAAGGAGAAACUGAAGCUCUACGAGGAAGUUAAAGGGAAAUGUGUUCAAACUGCAGAACACAUUAGUGUUCAAACCCAGGAGACAGAAAAGCAGAUUAAGCAGCAGUUUACGAGGCUUCGCCAGUUUCUACAAAACGAAGAGGAUGCCAGGAUUGCUGCUCUAAAAGAUGAAGAGAAGCAAAAGAGUCAGAAGAUGAAGGUAAAGAUUGAAACUCUGAGCAGAAAGAUUGCAGAUCUUUCAGGCACAAUCAGAGCCACAGAGAGGGAGGUGAGAGCUGAAGACAUCUCUUUCCUACACAGCUACAAAGCUGCAGUGAAAAGAGUCCAGCAGCUAUCCGUGCUUGAUGUUCCUCAACUGGUCUCAGGUGCUCUGAUUGAUGUUGCUGAACACCUGGGUAACUUGUCCUUCAACAUCUGGAGCAACAUGAAGGACAUUAUUUCAUAUACUCCUGUGAUUUUGGAUCCAAACACUGCUCAUCCAGAUCUCAUCUUGUCUGAAAAUCUAACCAGUGUGAGACGUGCAAGGAAACAGAAGGUUCCCAAAAACCCUGAAAGGAUUUAUCUCUAUCCUUCCGUCCUCGGCUCUGAGGGCUUCAACUCAGAUAUCCACAGCUGGGAUGCUGAAGUUGGAUACAGUCCAGUCUGGGCACUAGGAGUCUUUUCGAGAUCUGCCAACAGUGAAGACAAAAAAUGUAACUUAUUAAAACUUGUUUUCUGUGAUGGUGAGUACACAGCAAACUCCAGUGACGGCCCCCCAACUGUUCUCUCAAUAAGAAAGAGAUUUCAGAGGAUCAGAGUUCAUCUGGACUGGGCCAAAGGAAAACUGUCAUUCUCUGAUCCUGAUACUGACACACACAUACACACCUUCAGACACACUUUUACUGAGACACAGUUUCCAUAUUUUAACUCAGUGAAUCCACACCCUCUAAAGAUAUCACAACGUCCUCUCCAUGUAGUUAUGUAACGUGUGUGAUGGUCGUUGUUGACAAUAAUCUUUCUUCUUUCACUUUGACACACUUCAUGGAUUAGCAAUGAUCCCAGCAGAAAGAAUGUAGACCUGGCUGUUGAUCCUGUGCGACCAGUAACCCGUCAGGAACCUCUUGCAAUUGUACCAUAGAUUCUAUAAAUAAGGAUGUAACAACUAUCAUUGUUUGGUGGACUGAAGCAAGCCUAAUAUUAUAAUACAUGACAAACUCCAUCAAUUUUCUUCUGCUUAUCCAAUAAGCAAAAGGAGCAUUAUGCUAUAUUCAAUAAUAAGAUUUCAUUUCUUUUAAUUAGUGAGAGGGUUAUUUUCCUGACGCAGCAAGAUGACUUGUUUGGCAACCAUUAAUGCAGGUUUAAGGGAUGUCAGCAUUAAAGCCCUUUCACAAUAAAAUGUAUUAUGCACUGCACUGACUACUAGGUUUGAGGGGACCCCCAAAAAAGGUUUUAUGAUCACUCAUGGUUUAUGCCCACUCCUGUCACUCUGCAUUUCUAUUGGUCAUGUGCAUGUAUGUCCACCAAUGUGUGGUCUAAGUGUUCCCCACCUGGCUCGCUUAUGCCACACUGCAGUCUGCUACAUACAGCAGGAAACCAUUCUUGCUUAAAGAAUGGGUGUAACAGCAGAGGGGUACAUUAGUCAUGUUCCAUGUAAAAGGUUUUUUAGCUUCAUUUAUUUUACCCAAAUGUUGAUCUUCAUAUACGGAUGGGGCUUUUAUCAUUAUAGAUGUGCUCAUGAUAAUUAUUUGCAUGCAAAGAGUGAUCAGAAAAAGAUGACCCUUUAUGCUUUUGCUCUUUUAUUUAGUAUUAAAGGAAGUAACCGUACUUCUUCGACCUGAAAUUGCUAAAUAUCAAUCUACAUGUUAUGGUUUGUUUAUGUCUGUGUUAAGCUGCAAAGUAAACAGUGAUCUGGUUAUGAUGUAUAAUACAAAAUUAAAUAAAUACCUGAUGUGCAGAUGAAACAGAUUUCAGCUGACUGUCUGAACAUGACUCCUUUCAUUUUUUAUUCUCUUAGCACAGAAAGCAGCAGAGACCAAACUGUGGCAGCUGCAUGGUAAAACUUUGUCUUUCUCUCCUUUGCUGCUCAUUCUUGUCGGAUUGCAUUUAAGGUGACAACAGUCAGCAGAGAGCUUCGGUCGAUCUGCGGCUCAGGAGAUUUAACCUGUAGCUGUAAUCGCUAUCGACAUCACAGCAGCUUCCUCCUUCCUGCUGUGUGCCUAAGUGUGUAAAUGGGACAGUUCUCACCAAUUACAGCACUCGUUCCACCUUGGGGGCAUAGCAAAAUAAAUUUGGAAAGCUCUGAGAAGAUGCAGAGGAGGGCAAAGCAAUGUUUCUCAUUGUUUCUAAUUACGAUUUCUUUCGUGAGUCCUAAAGAAUGUGUACUCUCUAUUCCAUUAUAUUAUGAAGUACAUGAAGGUAAUCAGUGGUCAUUGUAUCUCAUCUAAUUAUUACAUCCCUUUACAUGUCUGAGAGAUGUGACAGACUAAACAUUACCCAUUGAUCAAUCAUGCUUACAAGACUUUAAUGUAAACAGACAAUGGCAACUUUAGGGGUGUAUACAACACUGGCUGUGUUGUGUUACUCAAUUUCACAGUUCUGACUAACACACACUGGCAGCGUUAUUCAUUUUUUGCUUCACCAGUUCUUGCAGUUGUACGUAGGUGAGUGGUAGGAAAAAAGGCGUUUGGCAGAGCGCUCUGUGCUCAUACUGGUCAACCAUGCCAGACUUGAGAGAGCAGUCAGGUACGACUCCACCCGUGCUGUGACCUCCCAGAUGCAACAUCCAUGUUUUAAUGUUUUAUGACACACUGUGUCACCCACUGCCGGCCGCAACCUAAACCAUCUUGACUGGGCUUUGAUCAGGUUGAUUCUGUGUAGUCAAAAACCAGCACGAGAUUGACACUGCACAAUCAACUGCA